UUCAGUUUGUUUUCAUAUGUAAAAUAUAUUUUUUUAACUAAGUUAAUCUGCUUUAAAAUAAAAUGGCUGAAAUAGUUGUGAGCGAUAUUUUAGAUAAAUCUCAAGAAACUGGCACUUCUGAGAAAAGCGACGUAUCAGAAGCAAAUGAUAAGUACGAGAAGGUUCAGAAAAUUGUAAUACUUGAUCGCUCUGAAGACCAUGAAACUGCUCCUGACCCAAUUCCUGAAACUAUUAAGCUUGUUCCAAAAGUCCCAAAAAAGGAAAAGAAAGUCAUGAUUUCAACUAACAAGACACCUUUACUAUGCACACCUGUUAUACCGGAGAUUCCACCAUGCAGUUGUGUUUGUGAAUCGAUUAUUCCAGUAAUAGAUCCAAAUAAACAAAAGCCGAUAUUAGAAGCUCGAGCAGAUCUCGAAGUGGAGCUUGUAUCUCUGUCGGAUGAAGAUUUGUACAUUGACUUAAUUCGUCCUUUUAAAUAUUUAGCGGAAAUGGGAUUCAUAAUAGUUCGAAACGAAUUUCUUAGUAAAAUAAAGUUCGCUUACAAGAUAAUGAUUCAUAAUCCUUUAGUUGCCGAAGCCGAAAAUCCAAAUUUUUUGUUUAGCUGGGGCCCUGAAGAGUAUUCUAUACGCCGAAAUGAUAAUGCUGUAUGGUUAGAACUGUUGGAAAUGAAUGUGGCACCAGCUUUCUUAAAUGUAGUUAAAUUCAGAUUUGAUAUGGAAGAGGCAGUGCGUUAUUUUUUGUUUUUGUCAAAUUUAGGUGAAUCGGAAAACUAUGAGGAGGGACUUGAAUUUAUAAAAGCGGCUUACAGUCUUCUUAGUAUAACAGAAACUCUGAACGAAGAAGUUGUCAAGAAUUCUUCUGAAGCCAAACAGUUGGAUGAUAAUUACCUAGCUCGGUCCAUUUUUCAAGAAAAUAGGGAAACUGACGCGUUAAAGAAAAGACUUUAUCUUAAACUAUUCAAUUUUGAGGCUGUGAAUCCUAUCGAAUUAAGAGUGGAAAUACUGGACGUAUAUGCACAAGCUGAACUAGCUGAAUACGAAUUCUAUAAAACUGAAAGGGACAUUAAAACAGCAAUUGAAAAAUAUAAACAGGAUCGGAUGGAUAGAACAAUGUGUCAUGCGAACAUAAUGGAUGCAUAUUAUUUGCAGUCUGAAGAAUGCAAGAAAUAUCUGGGUAUUAUGUCCCAAAAAUAUGAAGUCGAAUUUGAUGAACUUGAUUACAGUAUUGCCGAUUAUAAGAUCAACAUAGAAAAAAUGAAGGACACAAAAAAAACUCGGGAAUUAAGGUUGAAAGAAAUGAGACGUGAACUUGAUGCUUUCCGACGUGAGCAAUAUAUUAGAAGACAGCGUGCAGCGCGGAGACAACAGAUGCUUGAGGAAGCAUUAGCAAAAAAAGCUAAAAAGGAGGCUGAGAAAAAAGCUAGGAAAGAAAGGGCGAAGGCUAAGGCUCUGGCUAAGGCAAAGAAGUAGUCUUUUCAUUAGUGUUAAUGAGAUGUUCAAUUAGUUACAAGAACUGUUUCAAAAGAAAUGUUUCAUUACUGAUUAAAUUGAACGUAAACAUAUAAUUUUA